CCACACUCUUGAGUUGAAAGUAGUUUGAUAUAAUUAGUAAUAUAAUAGAGAAUAUACGUUCGGAUUUCUACCGAGUGUAUGUAUAUGCAAAUAUACCUGGCGUAUAUACAUAUACACGUUUGUAAUCAUGCCGGAUCCUGUGCUCGUAAAGGGCAAGGCCUGUAUGGUGUUUGGCACCCAAUGGGGAGACGAGGGAAAGGGAAAGCUUGUCGACAUACUUGCUGACGAGGCUGAUGUGAUUGCACGAUGUGCUGGUGGCAACAACGCUGGGCAUACUAUUGUUGUAGGAGAUGCACACUAUGACUUCCAUCUACUACCCAGUGGUAUAAUCAGCGAAAACACUCUGUCAGUUAUUGGUAAUGGUGUGGUGGUACACAUUGAAUCAAUGUUCGCCGAGGCGGCCAAGAACGAGAAGAAGGGCCUCAAGAACUGGCAGGACCGCCUGGUGAUCUCCGAUAGAGCGCACAUUGUCUUUGACUUGCACCAGGAAAUUGACGGCCUACAAGAGGUUGAGAAAUCAGCGGGGGGCAAAAGUAUUGGCACAACCAAGAAGGGCAUCGGACCUACCUACUCCAGCAAGACCGAACGAACUGGUCUGCGAAUGGCGGAGUUAUUAGGAGACUUCAGCGAGUUCAGUGAAAGAUUCAGAACCAUGGUUGCUGGUGCUCAGAUGAGACACUCCGAUCUCGUUGUCGAUGUUGAAGCUGAGCUUGCCAAGUACAAGGAAUUGGCCGAGGAGGUCAGACCCAUGGUAAAAGACACUGUAUAUGUCAUGUACGAUGCGUUACAGAAGAACCAGGCUGUGCUAGUAGAGGGGGCUAACGCCCAGAUGUUAGACAUUGACUUUGGCACAUUCCCAUACGUGACAUCGAGUAGUUGUUCUGUUGGUGGAGCCUGCACUGGACUUGGUCUGCCACCAAGCAAGCUUGAGCGCGUCUUCGGAGUGGUCAAGGCCUAUACCACGCGUGUGGGUGGAGGUGCCUUCCCCACAGAACAACUGAACGAUGACGGCGAGAAGCUGCAGCAAGUGGGUGCCGAGUUCGGUGUGACUACUGGCCGUAAGCGUCGCUGUGGCUGGCUCGAUCUGGUUGUUGUCAAGUACACACACAUGAUAAAUGAUCUGUAUUCGAUGAUGAUUACUAAGCUUGAUGUCUUAGAUGAUUUCGCUGAGAUCAAGGUUGGUAUCAAAUACAGCCACAAGGGACAGCCGUUGGACAACUUCCCCGCGUGUAUGGAUGUACUGAACGAGGUUGAAGUCGAGUACGUCACUCUCCCCGGUUGGCAAACGAGUAUCAAGGACUGUCGAACCUAUGAUGAUCUACCCGAGAACGCCAAGAACUAUCUUAAGUUUAUUGCCGACUUCCUUGGAGUUCCCAUCCAAUGGAUUGGUGUAGGACCCAAGCGUGACUCCACCAUCCGAGUAUUCUAGUUUUCGGCAUUCCUGACAUAAUAAAUUAGACAGACGUUGGUAGCCAAUAUGCUUCUACUUUUAAGCAAACACGGCUCUUCGAGCUCAACUAACCCUAAUUUAAUAACAUAAAUAAAGAGUGGGUAGUGGACGAAAUGGCGUGGCUGACUCAUUACCAUCUGACUGAAA